AUGGAGUUUAACCCUACUCGAACAACAGUUCAUAAUGAAGGCUGCGACCUGCAUUACUGGUACCAAGGCAAAGGACCUCUUAUGCUCUUUAUACCAGGUGGUAACGGCCACGGAAGACAAUUUAACAACAUCAUAGUUGCUCUAUCAGACCGUUUCACUUGUGCAACUUUUGACAGACGUCAGAUGUCAGCUAGUCAAGUCCCAGUCAACAAACCAUUGAGUAUGACUCAACAAGCACGAGAUAUUCGAUCCAUCACCAAAGCUAUCGGUUUUGACAAAGCCAUCCUAUUUGGGAGUAGCAGUGGUGGUAUCAUUGGAUAUCAAUUCGCCCAUGACUUCCCAGAGAUGUUCAUCCAUCUAAUCUCACACGAAGCCGGAAUCUCUGCCCUCAUGCCUGAAGCGAGCGAAAUCUAUGAUUGGAUGUAUGGUCUCAUCGAAUUGCACAAGACCAAAGGCCUGGAUGCUGUCGCGGCAGAAUUCGAUAAAUGUUUGAUUGGGUAUGGUGACGAAGGGUUACCGAAAACUGCCUCUCCUGAACCAGAAAAUGUUCGCAACUUUUGGGAGAAUGAGUUUCCCUCACAAGUCGGUUACUGUCCCAAUUUCUUCCGCAUCAAGGAAAACAAGACUAGUAUAGGAGUGAUGAGAGGUGUGAGGUGUAAGGAGGCGUUUUUUUCUAGAGCGAUUGAAGCUCAGGCUAAGAUCUUGGAGUGUCCGCGUAUGACGGUGCCGGGUCAUCAUGAGGGGUUUCAGUGUGAGACAAAGGAGUUUGUUCCUGCUUUAUUGGAGAUGCUGGACAUUCUGGAGAAGAGAAAGGAAUCUGCAUAA